AUGCACUGGAAUAAUCAGCCUCACUACUCCUUUGCAUCAAUCAUUGCUUCAUCCAUUCUUUUCACCUUCUCUCUUUCAUCGCAGCUCGGCGGCGCGAAAAUCAUCGAGGCACAGGCUGCGUUGCAUCUGUUGGAUAAUCGACACCACGGCCGAUUUCCUCUGACACCCAGAGAUGAUUAUGUCUUUCAGGCUGGAGAUGCGUGUGGACACAACAUCAUUAUUGCGACGCUGCCGGCCGGAGAAGUAUACGGAACACGAUCUGCUGCUGCUCUCGCGACCCAGGUUAAAAAGUUCUUCCCAAAUCUUUGGUUCGGCUUGUUGGUUGGCAUCGCAGCGGGCCUCCCAAACCUCUCACGAAAUCCACCACUGGAUAUUCGUCUCGGCGAUGUUCUCGUGGGGUUACCAGUGGGCGACAGUGCUGGUCUAAUAGACUAUGACCUCGGUAAAGAGACUGGCACAGAUGGAUUUCAGCUUUUGCGUGCUGGCCAUGCGCUGGCGAAAACAGCAACGGUGGUCAGGUCAGCCAUUGGCAGUAUCAAACUUAGGGCGCCGAACGAUUCAAACGAUGUCUUACAUCCUGUUUUACGGGAGCGAAGGCCAGAUUCGAUGCGCAUUCGUGUGUGGUACGGGCCAAUAGGCUCGGGCGACAAAUUGAUGAAGAACGCUCAAAAGCGGAACGAACUGAGAGACAAAUAUAACAUCAUUGGCCUCGAGAUGGAGGCGGCUGGGACGAUGGACCAAAUCCCUGUCGGUGUUAUCCGAGGGGUUUGUGACUACGGAGACGAACAUAAGAAUGAUGAGUGGCAGCCGUAUGCCGCUGCAAUGGCUGCUGCGUACGCAAGAGCAGUCCUGGCAGAGAUACGACCAAAAGAUAUGGUUCAAAUGCCCUUAAUGGACCUCUCGCCUAAACGCAAACUCGAUGAGGAAGACUCUGACUCUGAACAUGAACUUAGGAAGCGCCAAUGCUACAUUAAGGGGGAAGAAACUCCUGCAAUAGAAAUGAUGGACACCGAGGUGAAGAAGUCAUUGAUAAAACAGCUCUAUUUCGACAAGAUUGACGAGCGCCUAAUGAACCUAACGGCAGCUCAAGGAAAAACCUGCUGCUGGUUUCUCAACAAGGACGAAUAUAUAUCCUGGAACGACGUAUCACAGCAGCCAGCUCAUGGCGGCUUUCUCUGGAUCAAAGGUCAUCCUGGCACCGGGAAAUCAACUCUCAUGAAGUUCCUUUUCGAAAGGGUUAAGACCAAUGCAAAGGGAGAUUCGUUACAAAUCAUACUGUCAUUCUUCUUCCUCGCGCGAGGUACGGCAGAAGAGAAGUCAACAAUGGGACUUUAUCGUUCACUUCUUCACCAGCUUUUUGAGAAGGUGCCAGACGCACAAAAAGGUUUAGAGUGGAUGACGAGAGAUGGUGCCAAAGUUAUACAACGAAAUGGAUGGAACGAGAAAGCAUUAAAGCAGACACUUGCACAUGCCGUACGAAAACUCGGUAAUCGGUCGCUAACAGUAUUUGUCGAUGCACUAGAUGAAUGCAAUAAGAAUCAGGUCGCAGACAUGGUGUGCUUCUUUGAAGAGCUAUGCGAGAGUGCACAAGAAUCUCAAGUCCGAUUGCAGGUGUGCUUUUCAAGUCGACAUUACCCGACGAUCAUAAUAGCAAAGGGUAUCGAGGUUGUCCUUGAAGCUGAGCCAGGUCAUAUAGAGGAUAUUGAGUAUUACAUCAAGUCCAAACUCAGGCUAGGGAAAUCGGCUCAAGCUCUCUCACUACGAUCAGAGAUUCUCAACAGGUCUUCCAAUAUUUUUCUCUGGGUCGUGUUGGUUCUUGAUAUUCUCAAUCGGGAAUACCCCAAUACCUCUAUUUCGAUCAAAAAGAUGCGUGAUCGGUUGAAACAAAUUCCACCAGAAUUAAACGACUUGUUUGAGAUGAUUCUCACGAGAGACGGCGAGAACCUCGAUAGGUUACAUCUUUGUCUUACAUGGAUUCUCUUCGCAAACCGUCCACUGAAGCCACAAGAGCUCUAUUUCGCGGUCCAACUCAGUUACGAUAAAGAGUGCUCAGGCUAUUGGGACCAAAACGACAUUGAACUCGAAGAGAUAAAGACUUUUGUGAGAAGUUCUUCCAAAGGCUUAGCCGAAGUCACUCGAAACAAGGCUUCGGAAGUUCAAUUCAUUCACGAGUCUGUGAGAGAUUUCUUGUUAAAUAAAUACGAAGCCCAAUGGUCCAAAGUUUCAGGUAACUUCAUGGGCAACAGCCACAAACUUCUGACGGAUGGUUGCUUGGCUCAGCUGAACAACUUGGCCCUUCAAGAUGCUGGUAUAGUAGAUCCUCUACCACCAGCAUCCGAGACAGCAGAAUUGCGACAGACAAUACGUUCGAAUUACCCAUUUCUUGAAUAUUCAGUACUUUACUCUCUUCAACAUGCCGACAGUGCCCAGCACAGUGGUAUAGAUCAGGAGCAUUUCCUCGCUGAAUUCCCUUUGGGAAAGUGGGUACUUCUGCACAACGCCAUUGAGCAACACCAAAUUCGGCGAUAUACGAAUUCAGUCAGCCUCCUCUACAUUCUUGCGGAAAGAAACUUGGUCAACUUAAUUGGCAUCCACCCCAGGAGAUUCUCGUUCUUUAAUAUAGAAGACGGAAUUGAGCGUUAUGGCACCCCAAUAUUUGCGGCACUUGCCAUCAAUAACGGUGAAGUGGUCUAUACAUUCUUGAAGUUGUUAGCAGCAACUUUACCAUCAGAAUCGCCACUUCCCGAACUGUGCGAAAUUUAUCUUCGGAAUAAAACCAGCUCAAGAACAUUCAAGCGUGAUUUCGCCUUCAGACGAAAAGUCGGCAUCUUUUCUUAUCUACGAGAUGAAUGUGAUGAAACUUUAAUCUGCGCAUUUCUUUCAUUACGAGGGUUGACUGCCAGGCUUGAUGCGCUCAACACUGUCAUUCAGUUGCUGAUUGCACAAGCGGGUGUUGACUUAAACUGCAAGGAUCAUAAUGGUCAGACACCGCUGUUCUGGGCUAUUAAGAAUAACCAUAAAGCUGUUGUUCAGCUUCUGCUUGCAAAAGGCGUUGACCCAGAUAGCAAGGAUAAAUACGGCCGAACACCGCUGAAAGAUAAUGAAGCUGUCGUCCAAUAUUUUCGUCUUUACGUAAAUGGGAUUAACCCAGCUAAACUGUAA